UAUACUGCGCAAGCGCAGACCAAACGGUCGCGCGGAGGAUUUGAGUUUUGUUUGAAUGCCUGAAGACGGAGCGGAGCACAGUAUUUACAAGUUGUUAGCAAUGUAGAAAUGGCAGCAACGCUAAGCCUGUCGGGGUCGCCGGGUUUAGACCCGUCGUCUUCAAGCGACCAGUCUGUGUCCAGCCGGAGUAAUAACAGAAGUCUGAGAGUCGCAGAAAAGGAGAGGAAGAAGAACGAGGCGGAGGACCCAUUUGUUCUGGCCCUGAAGUACUUCUCUGACGUUGAAGCAGGUACUCCAGUGCAUGGUAACGAUGAGGUCGAGAAGAACAUGGUGAUGGUGGAGAAGGUGGCCUACAUGAAAGGACUUUCCCCGGAGGCCAUCUCUAUUAUGCUGGAGUUUGCCAUGAGCCUCCGUAUGGGGACUACUCUCUGUGCCCGGGUGCUGAAGUGUCUGAUUCCAGCCACGGUGGUGCCACAGGAGGCUGUUGUUCGAGCGGUGGUUUGGCUGGGAAUUGGAAAAAUACCCAUCAGCACACGAAUUCUUUUCAUAAAGUGGGUGUUGACCGUAUUUGACAUGAUUGAUGCAAAGGACCAACUUCGGGCCAUCUAUGGCUUCAUCUUCAGUUAUGUCACAGAGGAAAAUCUGUUUCCUUUCAUCUGCCAUCUGCUGUACCUUUUGACCAGAAAGGAAAGUGUGCGGGUCUUCAGAGUCAGGAAGCUACUGGAGCUACAGUCUAGACUGGGAAGGCAACCAUUCCUCUUGAGCCUACUGUCACUUUACAAAGUGUUUUGCCCUGAACUGGUGACGCUCUCCAUCUCUUCACGAAUUAAGAGUGGGUUUAGAAACCACAAUAUGCCCUGGAAAUCAGCCCUGAUUGCAGUCCAGAAGAGGAACGGUUCCCAGGUUGCCACCAGCAUCAGUCUGGCCUCCGCAAUUAAGACCAACCCCAGAAAAAGGAAACACUGCCACCUGGAAUUGCCGGUGUUGAGUUCUGUCGUCAGUAAAGAGGCUCAGACUGAUCCGUCCUCCAGCAGAAAGGUGGUCCCCCUGGUGCAGCUCCACUCCUUUGCGCAUAUCCUGGAAAAUAUGCACCGCAUCGAGCUGCCCGCUCAGAUGGGCUCACUGCUGGGCUCCAGUCUGGCACUGCAGUACCUGGACUGUGUACAGGACGAGUCUGCCCUCCUACGCCUCAACUUCUGGCUAGGCCACGCGCUCCACGAAGAAUUCUUGUUCUGUGGCGAUGGAGGAGCCUCCCAGAAUUCAGAAGAAGCUCUGCAGUUUUUGAACACGUUGCUGUCCACACAGCACUUUCUCCAGGAGGGGUUUUCUUGCUCAGAGGCUUUCCUCUACAAAUUUCUCAGUGUUUGGGACGGUUCCCUCCUCCGCCCACAAAUCCUCGGCCUGCUGAGCAACAUCCCUGUUGUCCCCAGUUCCCAAAUCAGACGUCUUCUGUUUGAGCCCCUCAUGCAGCUCUUCUUCACAUCUUCACUGUUUUUCAAGUGUGGACUGAUGGAGUGUCUAAACAAUAUGCUAUUGAAGUGGCUGACCUGGCACUCAGUGUAUGCCCUGGAGGACGACUUGGACAUCAGCCUCAACAGCCACACCUCCAUAAACAUGACUCUGUCUCGGUUCAAGGAUUCGGUGAUGGAACUGGUUGACUUUGUGGGUCAGCUGGCCUCUCUGAGCCUUCAGCUUGAAGGAUGCCACUCUCUCCUCCUCAGCUUCAUCCUGGACUUCUAUGAGACAGUGUGCGACACGUUUCUGAAGUAUGGGCUCCCCCUUGUGGUGAUGCCUACACCUGGAGUGUUUUAUCCAGCCCUGUUUGCCACUGACCCUGUUAGCGUGGACAGACUAGCCUACAUCAUGUACAGAUACAAGGUGAACUUGACAUCAGCCAAGAGUCAGGAAAAACUCACAGAGCAGGCCUUUCACAUCAGCCGUCAGACGUUCCGUGAGUUCAACCAUUACGCAGUCGUCAUGGUCAACUGCCUGUGGAACUCCAACAUGUUUCAACCAGACAUGGGCGUACAGCUGGGAGAGGAGCUGCUGCUCAAGAGCAACGUGCCACAAUACUGGACGAGCUUCGACCUCAUCCACCACCCUGCCUUCAUGAGCUACGCUGUCGACUUUCACCAGAGGUGUUGGCCGGAGAGAAAGGACAUGGACCUCAAUUCCAUAAAGCAUUCCAAGCCAUGGAGCUGGUACCUGGAGUAUUUGUUCAGUCAGGGUUACGACGGCCUUAAACAGUUUGUGCAGAGCAACAUCAGCCGGCCGCUGACGGCCGCUGGCGGGCAUGUGGACAGGCAGGACGAUGGGCAUGUGGACAGGCAGGACAACGGGCAUGUGGACGGGCAGGGCGACAGGCAGGACAACGGGCAGGACGACGGCCUGUCCACAUUGCAGAGGUAGAUGCUUAACUCAUUGGAGAGGAAGACCACCACUUGCAUCGUUUUUAAUAGACUUUUACAUAUUUUAUCUCCAAGCGAGCUGAGUUUCUUGUGUACAUAGAUGUAUCUGUGUUUAUUAUCUAUUUGUAUUUGUAUUUUCUGUUCAUUCAAUGAUUAUAGACAUAACGCCCUGGCGGCUAUUUGCCAGAAGUAUCGCCAGUAGUAGAUUUAUGUUAGCGGAUCAUUGGUCGGUAAGACAUGUUCACAAUCUUUUACAGCACAGAAAGAACUUAUGAUCCACAUAAAAGUUGAUAAGAUACUAAAGAAUAAGAGUAAGACAACUUUUUUCUUUCUUUUCAUUUUUUUCUUUGCAAUAAACUUUGUUUUCACGUUAACACACUGACAUUAAAACUGCUCCUACAUUUUACAAUUGUUUUGUGUUGUAUUCUUGUACAGCUUGCCACCUGCAAAACCCUGACUCUUGAUAAAUAAGUGUAAGACUUUUUUUACUUUCGAAGCAAAUAAAAUCAAUCUGUUGUCUUA